AUGCGGGUUUUCCUGCUGCUGCUGCUGCUGCAGGGCCACGUGCUCGGGGACGCUGACCGGCCCCCGCGGCAAACAUUUGGCACGAGGAUCCGUUUGCAUCCUUCCCCAAACUACCUGCCACCCAAUCAGCCUGUCCCAGCCCAGUGUCACCCCUCGGUAGUGUACAACACCCAGGUGGUCACCUCAACCGUCAUUAUCCCCUCCACUGUUCAAAAUGGAAACAUACAGACAGUCAUCCAGACAAGAGUCCUAACACAGCAAGUCUUCACCACAGUCUUCUCUCAAGUGGUGGAGACACAAGUGGUGACCUCCGUUGUCUUCCAAACGGUCGCUGUCACUCAGUCCCAGGGAGUCACCAGCACCCUCAUAGUGACUGUUGGUGGUCAAGUCAACACCGUCACUCUGACACAAGAGGUCGUGCAGACAGAGCUGCAGGUCCAAACACAGAUAGUGACGCAGGUGCAACAAGUGGUGUCAACCACAACGCGGAGCAUCGUGUCCACUCUGGUGAUUCCCACACAGGUGAUCAGCACAGUCCUCCAAACACAGACGGUCACCACCACUCGGCAGGUGGCGGGUCAGACCCGCACCGUGGACAGCAGUGUGUUCAGCACCGUGACUUCCACCCUCGUCAUCCCAGGAGAGGAGGUGGUGAGCACCCAGACUGUGGUCAGCACCAGCACCACCACCACCACCAUUACGCAGCCAGGAGUGACAAACGUCAUCACCUCCACCUUGGUGUUCCCUGUCACCACUACGGUGUUCUCACAGGUUAUGCAAACCCAGACCGAGACCCAAAUCGUGACUAGCACUCAGGUCUUCCAGGAAGUGUCCACGGUUUUCAGCACUCAGCAGAUUUCUCAGGUCAACACCAGGAUAGUGACGGUGCCGGAGCAGGUAUUCAGCACGCAAGUGUCAACGCAAGUGGUGCCAACCACCAUCUUCACGGAGCAGGUCGUUUCUACAGUAGUGACCGUGAGUGGGCAGUCUCAGGUGAGUACGAUUGUCCGCACGGUAGUGAGGACUCAAAGCUUCUCAGGCCGGACACGCACAGUCUUCACAACAAGAUUAAUCUUAAACACCAACUUCGUGACGUCGACGAUAGAAAAACAUCAAUAUGUCACUUACUUCGCCACCCGCACGCUGCCUGCCGCCUGCAACACUGUCUACGAUUACGGCUACAAGCAUCACCACGGAGCCAACUUCGGCCGCUAACCCUCUUCAGUCCCAGCCCCUGACCCCAGCAAGGCAAGACAGCAGGCGCCACUCCUUUACCAGUGUAUAUAUUCAGCCUCGAGGAGUGUUGGCCCUCCACCAGUCCUAAGCCUUCAUGCCUAAAACACAACCUAUG